CCCACGGAGACUGAACGCUGCAUCGAGUCCCUGCUCGCCGUCUUCCAGCGGUACGCGGGACGCGAUGGGAACAACUGCACGCUCUCCAAGAGGGAGUUCCUGGCCUUCAUGAACACCGAGCUGGCUGCCUUCACGAAGAAUCAGAAGGACCCAGGUGUCGUGGACAGGAUGAUGAAGAAACUCGAUUUGAACAGCGACGGGCAGUUAGAUUUCCAGGAGUUCCUGAACCUCAUCGGGGGCAUUGCAGUUGCCUGCCACAACACCCUGGUUGUUAACACCCCUUCCCCUUAG